AUGAGGUCAAGAGUUCAGACCAAAUUGUCUGAAUUUGGACUUUCAGUUUAGAUCAACAACCAGAAAUUUAACCAGCUCACGGUCAAUGUUGUAGCGCUGAUUGUUAACGUCUAUUGGGCUUGCUUGACCGGGAGUGCUCCUCUAACGGCAGUUCAACUGCUGUGGGUGAACAUGAUCAUGGACACACUUGGAGCUCUUGCUCUUGCCACUGAGCCACCGAAUGAAGAUCUGUUGUAACGCUUCCCUGUUGGAAGGAGAGCCAAUUCCAUCACCAACGUGAUGUGGAGGAACAUCUUGGGACAGGCUCUGUUUCAGUUCAUCGUCAUCUGGAUUCUCCAGGCCAAAGGAAAAUCCAUGUUUGGUCCGGACGGUGUAGAUUUCAUUCUGAUAUUGAACACCCUUAUCUUCAACUGUUUCGUCUUCUUAUGUCAGGUUUUCAAUGAGAUAAGCUCGCGGGAGAUGGGAGAGAUCGACGUUUUCAAGGGAAUAUUGGACAACUCCGUGUUUGUGGCUGUUCUCGGCUGCACUGUCUUCUUCCAGAUCAUAAUCAUCGAGUUCUUGGGAACAUUUGCCAGCACCACUCCCCUCACUAUAUGCCAGUGGCUCUUCUGUACAUUCAUCGGCUUCUUGGGCAUGCCUACCGCCGCUGGUCUCAAAAGGAUACCCGUUUGAUUCAUUCGGGGGAUGAUGAAAGUGUCUGAAGAUGGGUCUGGAUAAAAGAAUCCAAUCCACCAUUCAUGAGAUUUAUACUCUGGGUUUUAACACGGAUCAUAUAGGUGUUGUUAUCAUAUGAUGAUAUUUUUUUUUGGUAGUGAAAUGAGAUUCAUUUUCUGGUUUCGUUA